AUCUGCUAUCGCUACUACAGGUAGUGGUCAUGGCGUCUUCAUCUCUAUCAGUCGUGUUACUCCUGUGCCUGGCCGUGGCGGUGUCGGCGCAGCUGUCGCCGACGUUCUACGAUUCGUCGUGCCCCGGGGCGCUUUCCACCAUCAAGAGCGCCGUGGACGCCGCCGUGAGCAGCAACCCCCGCAUGGGCGCGUCCCUGCUCCGGCUGCACUUCCACGACUGCUUUGUCCAAGGCUGUGACGCGUCCGUUCUGCUGUCUGGCAACGAGCAGAACGCAGGCGGGAACGCGGGAUCGCUGCUUGGCAUGGACCUCAUCCAGAAAAUCAAGGACUUGGUGGAAGCCGCGUGCGACAACAACAAGCGCACCCUCAUCGUCUCCUGCGCCGACAUCCUCGCCGUCGCCGCCCGUGACUCCGUCGUCGCGUUGGGAGGGCCGUCGUGGACGGUUCAACUCGGGAGAAGGGACUCCACCACGGCUAGCGUGACACUGGCCAACAACGACCUGCCUCCGUCGUCCUUGGACGUCGCCGGCCUCAACACCAGAUUCGCCGCCAAGGGGUUCAGCUCGAUCGAUAUGGUCGCCCUCUCUGGUGCCCACACGGUUGGGCGGGCGCAGUGCAAGAACUUCAGGAACCGGCUCUACAACGAGGCCAACAUUGAUCCGGACUACGCCGCGAAGCUCAAGGCCAACUGCCCCCAGCCAACUGGCUCCGGCGACAGCAACCUGGCACAGCUGGACGACACCCCGACACCCGUUAAUGCAGACUCGUUCGACAACGGCUACUUCGUCAACCUCCAGCUCAACAAGGGACUCCUACACUCCGACCAGGUGCUCUACACCGUUGGCGCCGGUGGUGCCACUGAGAACAUGGUCGACAGCUUCGCGGCUAACCCGGAGACGUUCAGGAACGCCUUCGCAUCGGCCAUGGUGAAGAUGGGGAACCUCAGCCCGUUGACUGGCUCCCAGGGAAUGGUCAGGCGCACCUGCUCCAGCACCAAGGCGAACUAAGAAUCGUCCUUGGCACCGAAAUGAUAGCGUGAACCAUGUCUUUUUCUUUUUUUAACUAGCACAGUGGCCGUCUAAUGCGAGGACAUCAUAUUUUACUCUUCCAAAAAUGUUUAUUAUUUAUUUGUUGUUGACAUUGAUAAAUUUUCAUAGA